AUGUCUCGCCCCAAGAAAGAAUCACCGGGGAAGAAGCAGCUACCGCAGCAAAGCUCAUGGUUCGCGCACUUCUCCGUCGACCUGUUCGCAAAGAUCCUCAGACGGAGCAUCUUCCACCCAUUCAUCUGCUGGCUGCUCCCGCUCUGCCUGCGCGCGCGCACGGUGAAGUGGGAGUCGCCCCCGAUGGUGGGCGCCUUCGCCUGGGCCGUCCUCAUCUCGGUCGUCUGGCUGGCGGGGCUCGUGAACGACCGGGUCGCCCACGGCCCGCCUAGGGAGGUCGACCUCGGCGAGGAGGUCAUCGUCAUCACCGGUGGCGCGGGCGGGAUGGGCUUGCUGCUCGCUGAGGUCUACGGCAUGAGGGGCGCGUCGGUGGCGGUGCUGGACGUGGCGGAGAUGGAGGACGCGGACGAGAGGGGCGUCACGUUUUACAAGUGUGAUGUUGGAGAUAGCAAGCAGCUCGCCAGGGUCGCUGCCCAGAUUGAAGAGGAUCUCGGGACACCUACAGUGCUCAUCAACAACGCGGCGGUUGUUGCCGGCAGGUCCCUUCUGAAUAUCUCUAUAGAGGAGUUGGACAAGAGCCUCAGGACCAACCUCGUGGCCCCAUUCUACUGCAUCAAGACGUUCCUCCCUGGCAUGGCCCGUGGGGGCCGGGGCGGGACUAUUGUCAACAUAUCAUCAGUCAUCGGGCACCUGGGAGCCGCUCGGCUGGCCGACUACGCAGCCUCCAAGGCGGGCAUCUCGGCUCUACACAAGUCUCUGACAGCAGAGCUCCGGGAGACGCACCCCGAGAUACGUACGGUCCUCGUCACCCUGGGGCAGCUCAGCACGCCUCUGUUCUACGGAGUCGAGACCCCCAACAGCUUCAUGGCGCCGGUCGUGGAGCCCGUGGACGUCGUCAAGGAGAUGGUGGACGCCAUCGACCGCGGAAGAGGCGCCACCAUUGCGCUGCCUUUGUAUGCACGGUGGGUUGACUGGUACAACGUCCUCCCUGCCGGCCUCCAGAUCAUUGCGAGGAAGGUAGCCGGGGUGGACCGAGGGAUGAGGACGUUUAGGGGGCGGGGUGCCAUCAGCGAUUCAGAGAUCAGCAUCAAAUAG